AUGAAGUUGGAUACUAGUCAUAUGAGAUUCUUAACAGCUGAUGAUUUCAGAGUUCUUCAAGGUGUUGAGCAAGGUUCUAAAAAUCAUGAAGUCGUUCCAACUACUUUGAUCCAUCAAUUAUCUGGCAUGAGGGCCAUGUCCGGUACUAAUAGAGCAAUUAGUGAUUUAGCAAAACUGAAAUUAAUAUCCAGAUUAAGGAAUGCCAAAUAUGAUGGAUAUAGACUAACAUAUAACGGUAUCGAUUAUUUGGCUUUAAAGACAAUGUUGAAUAGAGAUACCGUGUACUCUAUUGGUGGAUCGAUUGGUGUGGGUAAAGAAUCUGAUAUUUAUCAAGUUAGUGACAAGAAUGGUGUAUCAAAAGUCAUGAAGAUCCAUAGAUUAGGUAGAACAUCAUUCCAUACUGUUAGGAAUAAUAGAGAUUAUUUAAAGAAAAACGUUAAGAAUGGUGUUAAUUGGAUGUACUUAUCACAAUUGGCAGCAAAUAAGGAAUACCAAUUUAUGUCAAUGUUAUAUACAAAGGGCUUUGAAGUUCCUGAACCAUUCGAUAACUCCCGUCACAUUAUUAUUAUGGGAUUGAUUGAAGGGUACCCUAUGAGAAGGUUAAGGAAGCAUAACAAUAUUCCAAAACUAUAUAACGAUUUGAUGAAAUUUAUUGUCCGUUUAGCAAACAGUGGACUAAUCCAUUGUGAUUUCAAUGAAUUUAACAUUAUGAUUAAAGAUGAAGUAGAGGAUGAAAAUGAUUGUGGGUUUGUAGUUAUUGAUUUCCCUCAAUGUAUUUCAAUUCAACAUCCAGAUGCAGAAUUUUAUUUCCAAAGAGAUGUUGAUUGUAUUCGUCGCUUCUUUAAGAAGAAAUUAAAAUAUGAGCCAAAAUCAGACUCCACAAUGUUAGAUACUGAUGGAUUUGGGGAUGGUUAUAAAUAUGCAUAUCCGGAAUUUGCAAGAGAUAUUGAAAGAUGUGAUAAUUUAGAUGAAUUAGUGCAAGCAUCUGGUUUCAGUAAAAAACAUCCAAGCGAUAGGUCGUUAGAAGAAGCCGUCGAAAGUAUGAGAAAUGCAGUAUAUAACUCAGAUGAAGAAGAGGAAGAAGAAGAGGAAGAAGAAACUGACGAGGACGAGCACUACUAUACGGAGACUGAUUCAGAAAAAGCAGAAGGCGAUGAUAAUAUAAACGAUGAUGAUGAAGAAAACGAAAGAAUCAUCGAAGCAUUGUCAACUGGCGUAGGAAACUUAAAAAUGGAUAAGUUAGGUAACUAUAUCCUUGAAGAUUGA